UUUGGCUGCCGUGACUUAUUCGCGUUUCUGCAACGGACGCGGCAGGUUCCUCUAUCCGGGAAUUGUUAUUCCAAGUUACGACUUCCAACUUCCAAGUUACCAAUAUAACAAGCAAAGUUUCUCGCUUUCUGUUAAGACGCAUUUUAAUUAUCCGGCCGUGGUAUGUCCACCGACGAGGAUUCCCUGGGCAGUCCCCUCAAGCGGGCCACACCCACACCCCCGCCCGGCGAAAAGGAGCGGGAACGCCCGCGGGGCGGAAGGGCGGCAGAGCACUUGCGGCAUCAGAAGAGCUUCGAAGCCAGGUACAGCGGCAUCAUCCAGAAGCAGAUCUGGGAGACGAGCAUCAACAAGGAUGUCCUGGAGCGGCAGCUGAAUGCCUACUUUCCCUUCUCCCGGAGUGCCUCGCUCUCGAAGGAAGGCGGUUCCGGGGGAUUCGAUCAGCUUCUUCCCUCUGCGGCGGGGACAGCGGCUGGAGGCUGUAUCCUGAAGUCCCGUUCGGUGGGCACCACUCCCACUAGGCGACCUGGAGCCUGCUUGGAGAAGCUAGACACAGUGGAUGUGGCCCUGGCAGAACCAUCAUCUCUAGGAAAAUAGAAUCUCUCCAUAAAAAAGGGAGCUUCCAUAUCCCAAGGAUAAAGCAGAUUUAUUCAUUGUGAUGUCCGUAAGGUUGAAAGUGAAUUUUAUAACUU